UGUGGGCGCACGAUGGCCAACCGUCCUGGACUUUUAUCUCAUCAUGUUACGCUCCGCACCUUCUAACCUCUAUUUAAAUACACCCGCAGGACUCCGGCGUCCCUCGGAGUCGGUGGGAAGAUUAAUCUACGCGAUGGCUGAGGUAUUCUUCUGCGACCCGCCUUCCUUUUGCCCCAGCGGCACUGUGGUCCUUAGAGUUGGCAUGUCCUGUCAAGGCUGUGUUGGAGCUGUCAAGAGGGUCCUUGGCAAAAUGGAAGGUGUUGAAUCCUUUGAUGUGGACCUGAAGGAGCAGAAGGUAACCGUGAAAGGCAAUGUAACCCCUGAUGCUGUUCUACAGACUGUUUCAAAGACAGGAAAGAAAACUUCUUUCUGGGAGGCAGAACCAGAAACCAAGGAGACUGCUCCUGCAGCAGCAGCUGCUGCUUCUACUGCUCCUGCAGCAGCAGCUGCUGCUUCUACUGCUGCUGCAUGACUGUAACUUAUGUCUACUGUUUCCUGUAACCUGAUGAACCACUACUCGUUCCACAUCUAUAUUAUCUUUUGUGUUUGGAGUGUGCUAUGAAUGAUUGUGAACAUUUCGCAGUUAUUAUGAUAUAAUCUCUUAGCUAC